UUGUGCGCUCCCCCUCCGUGACCCGGGCCUGACGAAAACAAACCAGAUAGGACCUAUCCUUGAACUCUCACUGAGCUUCCCACUGAUUCUCCCCGUUGCUGCGUCUUCACCGCCGAUGUCAAGACGCAUCAAGUGUGUGUUCGCUCGUGCCAUCUGCCCCCUCCACCUCCCCACCCUCCACCCCAUCAUCUCCAUCCAGACCCAUCAGCUGCUCUACGUGCCGUCUUGUCACACCCUGCAGACACCGUCAUGAAUGGUUAUAAAACUAUUAAAUGAUAUUUAAAUGGAAAAUGAAUAUGGCUGUAGUUAUAAAUUAACUAAUUGCUUUAUAACUAUUUUUAAGGCUCUCUAAGGACAGUUUGUUUUUUAGUAUUUAAAGUUGUUUUUGUGUUUUGCACACCUCACUUUUCUUGUCUUUUGAUCCACCUCCACUUUAUUAUGUGCUUUGGCUUUUGCUCGUUGUUCCUCCUCUUCCUUUGUCUCUUGGCUUACGUGGAUUGGUCUCUCCUGUCAGGUAGCAAUGACAUUCAUUCAUUCAUUCAUUCAUUCAUAGUUAGACGGCUACUGCCGUCUAACUAUGCUUCUGCCGUGCCUUCUGCCGUGCCUUCAUCCUCCCCUGGCUGCCAUCCACACUACAUGAUUAGUCAUUCCUGUCAUUCCACUGCAGUCACCUGUUUCUAAUUCAUUCACAAACUCCGUGGCGCUCUUUGACGGACAUAUCUAGUGUCCCAUCGACAUCCGAUCUGCAGCUUCCUGUUUGUUCCUCCUCGUCUUGAGGGAAAAACACGCCGAUUCCUCUCUUCUCGGUUUUGGCUUGCUACUGAUUGGACAGAAAGCACAAAGGUUGUGUCGGAGGGUGUCGACUGAGCUUGGCUCUCCAAAUGUUGAAGGAAUCUGAUAACAGCUGUUAACCAGGUUGUAACAAAGGCCAGCAGUCCUUUACAGCCACUACUGUAUCAGGCUCCACCUUUAUUUGUGUGUGACACCUGUACGUGCGCCGACAUUCCCACGAACCAGUUUGGCUUCCAGCCCGUGUGAACUAUAGCGCUUCAGGAACUCUCUGGUGGCCUGGUUUCUCCCUUGAAGCUGGUGUGCCACCUGUUUUCUGCCUCCCCGGGGCUAUUUCUGUGUGCAGUAGUGAGGGAGUGGGUUAACUGGAGAGCUUGUAAAGCCCUCCUCCGGGUGAGCACGGGGUCUGUGCUCCCGUGGAGACUGUUGUCUAAAACUUUUUUUGUUUGCUUGGAGGAAGUAAAGCUUUGGGAACUACGGGUCCUUGAACUGAAAGAGAUUCAGUGGUCCGUUUCCUUUUAACUCGCUGGCUUACAUAAACUCUGGAGAUUUUUCUGCUUCAAGUUUCAUGUUGUUUUUCCGCCGGUUUGACAUCCUGACUGGGAGUUGUGGAGCGGUGACGGUAACAAACUAUGGCUGAGUCAGUCACCUGUGUCAGGAGCCCUGCUGAAAGCGGCGGCAGCGACUGACACACAGUGCGUAGUGAAGCCUAGCCUAGCUUAGCCUAGCCUAGCCUCAGCUGUCAACAUGGAGGAGGAGGACGCAGCGGCCGACCCCUAUCUGCCCUACGACGGGGGAGGGGACACCAUCCCCCUGCAGGAGAUCCCUAAAAGAGGGUCUAACUACGUCAUGUCUAACGGGGGCGGGGCGCCCAGCAGCACCACCCACCUGCUGGACUUCCUAGAGGAGCCCAUCCCGGGUGUGGGGACCUACGACGACUUCCACACCAUCGACUGGGUCCGUGAGAAGUGCAAGGACCGCGAGAGGCACCGGAAGAUCAACAGCAAGAAGAAGGACUCGGCAUGGGAGUUCACAAAGAGCCUGUACGACGCCUGGUCCGGGUGGCUGGUGGUGACGCUCACUGGCUUGGCCUCAGGUGCUUUGGCUGGCCUGAUUGACAUUGCUGCCGAUUGGUUGAACGACCUGAAGGAGGGCGUGUGCCUGAGCGCCAUGUGGUUCAACCACGAGCAGUGCUGCUGGACGUCCAAUGAGACCACCUUCGCUGAGCGGGACAAGUGCCCCCAGUGGAAGAGCUGGGCUGAGCUAAUACUGGGGCAGGCCGAGGGCCCCGGCUCGUACAUCAUGAACUACUUCAUGUACACCUACUGGGCUCUGUCCUUCGCCUUCCUGGCUGUCUGUCUGGUCAAGGUGUUCGCUCCCUACGCCUGCGGCUCGGGGAUCCCUGAGAUCAAAACCAUCCUGAGUGGGUUUAUCAUCCGGGGCUACCUGGGCAAGUGGACCCUGUUGAUCAAGACCAUCACUCUGGUUCUGGCCGUGGCGUCCGGCCUCAGCCUGGGGAAGGAGGGCCCCCUGGUCCACGUGGCCUGCUGCUGUGGGAACAUCUUCUCCUACCUGUUCCCCAAGUACAGCAAGAACGAGGCCAAGAAACGAGAGGUUCUCUCGGCUGCGUCGGCGGCCGGGGUGUCCGUUGCUUUUGGAGCCCCGAUUGGAGGAGUGCUCUUCAGCUUGGAGGAGGUGAGCUACUACUUCCCCCUCAAGACGCUGUGGCGCUCCUUCUUCGCCGCCCUGGUGGCGGCCUUCGUCCUGCGCUCCAUCAACCCGUUUGGGAACAGCCGCCUGGUGCUGUUCUACGUGGAGUACCACACGCCGUGGUACCUGUUUGAGCUCAUCCCUUUCAUCCUCCUGGGAGUGUUCGGAGGCCUCUGGGGCGCCUUCUUCAUCCGAGCCAACAUCGCUUGGUGCCGGCGGCGCAAGUCGACGCGCUUCGGCAAGUACCCGGUGUUGGAGGUGAUCUUGGUGGCGGCCAUCACGGCCAUAGUUGCUUUCCCGAACCCGUACACCCGUCAGAACACCAGCGAGCUGAUAAAGGAGCUGUUCACCGACUGCGGCCCGCUGGAGUCCUCGCAGCUCUGCCAGUACCGCAGCCAGAUGAACGGCAGCAAGGCCUUCACCGACAACCCCAACCGGCCGUCAGGGCCCGGCGUCUACGCCGCCAUUUGGCAGCUGUGCCUGGCGCUCAUCUUUAAAAUCAUCAUGACCAUAUUCACCUUUGGACUCAAGGUACCGUCGGGUUUGUUCAUCCCCAGCAUGGCCAUCGGGGCGAUCGCAGGGCGAAUCGUCGGCAUCGCCGUGGAGCAGCUGGCCUACUAUCACCACGACUGGUUCAUGUUCAAAGAGUGGUGCGAGGUGGGAGCCGACUGCGUCACUCCGGGGCUCUACGCCAUGGUGGGGGCCGCGGCAUGUCUGGGCGGUGUGACCCGUAUGACCGUCUCCCUGGUCGUCAUCGUCUUCGAGCUGACCGGCGGGUUGGAGUACAUCGUCCCCCUCAUGGCCGCCGUCAUGACCAGCAAAUGGGUGGGCGAUGCAUUUGGCCGCGAGGGGAUCUACGAGGCCCACAUCCGUCUGAACGGGUACCCGUUCCUGGACGCCAAGGAGGAAUUCACGCACAUCACGCUGGCCAGGGAGGUGAUGAGGCCUCGACGCAGCGACCCGCCGUUAGCGGUGCUGACGCAGGACGACCUGACGGUGGAGGAGCUGCAGAGCACCAUCAAUGAAACCAGUUAUAAUGGUUUCCCUGUGAUCGUGUCCAAGGAGUCCCAGAGGCUGGUGGGCUUCGCUCUGCGCAGGGACAUCAAUAUCGCUAUCGAAAAUGCUCGUCGCAAGCAGGAGGGCAUCAUGUUGAACUCCAGGGUGUACUUCACCCAGCACGCGCCCACCCUGCCGGCCGACAGCCCCCGGCCCCUCAAGCUGCGCUCCAUCCUGGACAUGAGUCCCUUCACGGUCACCGACCACACCCCCAUGGAGAUCGUGGUGGACAUCUUCAGAAAGAUGGGGCUGCGCCAGUGUCUGGUCACUCACAACGGGAUUGUUUUGGGCAUCAUCACAAAGAAGAAUAUAUUAGAGCAUCUGGAGGAGCUCAAGCAGCACAAGGAGCCCCUGGCGGCUUCUUGGUAUUAUCACAAAAAAAGAUAUCCUCCGUCACAUGGCUCAAAUGGCAAACCUAGAUCCCGAGUCCAUCAUGUUCAACUGAUCCGCUCCUUCCAGGACAGCCGGGGGGGAGGAGGGGACGACAGCGAGGAGGAGGUGCACCUCCUGGACGGCUCCAAUCUCUGACAUUCGGACCCCGUUUUGUCUUUUUAGUUUUCAGCUCGGUAGACCCUGGACAAUGCGGACUGACUGAGGCCCCCAGAGACUUACCGGCCGUACGCGAUAACAGACCUAAUAUGAGACUUUUAUUAUUGUGAUUCUGGCUGCUGAGGACACACGGAGUUCACGGGUUGACGGCAAACACAUGAGGAAUGCACUUUUUACACACAACACACACGUACAAAAUCACACAAAAAACACACUUUUGCACUUGCAGACACCUCAGACAUGCAUGCGCUCUUUUCACAUACACAUAACCUGUAAAGAGACACCCAUUUGCACUCUUCAUGUGCCUCACCCUUGU